GCUGAUAAAAAGGAUUUCUGCAGCUACCACAAACCUACCGAUCCAGUUCAUGGCGAUUUCCCGCAUGAAAGCUGCGGCGACGGCGCUGCUGCGUGCCCGCCAGGCCUCCCAAACCGUCACCCAGCACCUCGCCUUCUCUACUGAAGCGACUGAAGCCGCAGCUGCCGCGUUGCGCUUGGGCUUUAAAAAGGCUCAAAAAGACGAGGACGACGCGGUGAAAGUGGACGUGGAGGGAAAACCUGAAUCACCAACAGAUGUGAGCGCAGUUUCACCGCCGGCGGUGGAGAAGAAGCUCGUACCGCCCGCCAUGAGCUCCACACAGCCACUUUGGCUCACACAGGACCACCCCGUGACAGACCUGUCGGGCUUCGCUCCGAAGAUUGUGGUGGUCGGUGUCGGAGGAGCUGGAGGAAAUGCAGGCAUGUGAACCACUAGUGGAUAGCUAUUUUGCUGGUGUGAUGAAUUGGUGCUAAUUGAUUGUACGGACCGGUUUGUCGUGAACUGGCAGUGAACAACAUGAUCGCGCGAGGCCUACAAGGCGUGGAGUUUCUUGUUUGCAAUACGGACGCUCAGCACUUGCGCACAACACUGACGGAGAACCGCGUUCAGAUGGCCCCUGAACUGACUGGAGGACUGGGCUGUGGUGCCAACCCCGAAGUUGGCCGUGAGGCCGCAGAAACUGCGAUUGACGAGAUUUUGGAGCGCGUUCAGGGUGCAAACAUGAUGUUUGUUACUGCAGGCAUGGGCGGUGGAACUGGCACCGGCGCAGCCCCCGUCAUCGCACAGGCUGCUUUAGAGGCUGGUAUCCUCACCGUAGCAGUGGUUACCAAGCCGUUCCGGUUUGAGGGUAAUAACCGCGCUAAGCUUGCGGCACAAGGCCUUGCAGAACUGAAGGAUAGCGUCGAUACGAUGCUUGUGAUCCCGAACCAAAAUCUGUUCAACAUGUCAAAUGAGCGCACCUCGUUGAUGGAUGCAUUCAGAAUGGCGGACAAUGUGCUCCUUGACGGUGUCAAGAACAUUUCCGAUUUGAUGGUGAUGCCAGGGCUCAUUAACCUUGACUUUGCGGACGUUCAAUCGGUGAUGCAAAACAUGGGAAACGCCAUGAUGGGAAGUGGAGAGGCAGAUGGAGAGAACCGGGCUCUGUGUGCUGCUGAGGAUGCACUAGCGAAUCCUCUUCUUGGUGAUAUUUCGAUUAAGGACGCCAAGGGCAUGAUCGUUAACAUCACAGGAGGCUCCGACUUGACGCUUUUUGAAGUCGAUGAAGCUGCAGAGCGCGUGACGAGGGAGCUCGACGACCCGCAUGCCAAUAUUAUUUUCGGCUCGACAUUUGACGACUCACUGGGUGGCAAGUUGCGCGUCUCCGUGGUUGCCACCGGUAUCGCCGACCCCGACAAGUUAUAAAAGCCCCAUUUUGAGCGAGAUCGGCCAGUAUCGAAGCGUAAACAGGGAAAUGAAACUUAGUGACGUGAUUGCUCAAGAAAUCGCAACAAGUUGAAGACGCAUUCAUGCCUACCCAUGUGUGCUGCUCGGAUUGAUAUUAUACUGACUGCUUCAUACUUAGUUUUGCACAAUGCUCUGCCCACGGAGCGAUGCGGCUCUGUUUGGCCGACUAGCAGUUACCUUUGAGGUGGAAAAGCAAAAUUGCACUAUCCAAACACACCUAAAACGCGUAUUCUUUCUCGUCGAC